UUCCCCACUCCACUAAAGUAAACCCACAACUUUCCACUAUUUCAAAUUUCAUUCAAUUUUUUUUUUUCUUUAAAUUUCCAACCACUUUCUAAUAUUAGAAAGAAAGUAAGAUCAACAAUGGCAGACACCUCCAACGGUCGAAAAUUGGUGGUGGAAAUCUGCAAUGCAAAAAACUUAAUGCCAAAAGACGGUCAAGGAACCGCCAGUGCGUUCGUCAUGGUAGAUUUCGACGGCCAACGCCGUCGAACUAAGACGAUAACACGAGAUCUCAACCCACAGUGGGACGAGAAGCUCGACUUCAUUGUGCACAAUGCUGAAUCAAUGGAUUCAGAGGUAUUAGAGCUCAAUAUUUAUAAUGAUAAGAAGACGGGAAAACGGUCGAAUUUUCUUGGGAAGGUGAAGAUUGGUGGUGCUGCUUUUGCGAAAUUAGGAUCGGAGAGUUUGAUUUAUUAUCCAUUGGAAAAACGGAGUGUUUUUUCGCAGAUUAAAGGGGAGAUUGGGCUUAAGGUUUGGUAUGAGGAUCCUCCUUCGCCGCCUGCUGCGGCGGAGGAGGAGAAGAAGGCAGAGGAGGAGGGGAAGAAGGCCGAGGUGGAGGAGAAGAAAGACGAGGAGAAAAAACCCGAGGGCGGGGACGAGAAGAAAGAAGUUGAAGUUAAGGAAGGAGAGGGGAAGGAUAAUAAGGGUGAUGUUAAGGAGGAGGAGAAGAAGCCGGAGGAGGAGAAUACGCCUCCUGUGGCAAAGGAUGAAGGUAAUAAGGAAGGUGAUCAUCAACCUCCGCCUCCGCCGCCUGAUCAGGCGGCGGCGGCGGAGGUGGUUAACCCGCCUGUUGCGGAGAAUGUGAACGUGGGAGUUAGUGAGAAGAAGAAUACAGAGGUUUCUUUAGCUAGUCCUACUGUGACUGGUGGUGGUGGUAGUGGUUCUGCCAUGAGGAGUGAUCUCGAGGUACGCUCUAUGUCGGGGUCAGAUCGAAGACAGGGAACUGGGUAUGAUUUAGUAGAUAGGAUGCCGUUUCUUUAUGUUCGAGUCAUAAAGGCGAAGAUAUUGAGUUCGGAAGGGGAGUCAUUGAGCUUUGCUAAGCUAGUGAUUGGUACUCAUAGUAUCAAAACGACGUCGGAGAAGAGUGGGAAGGAUUGGGAUCAGGUGUUUGCGUUUGAUAAAGAAGGGUUGAAUUCGAGUUCACUAGAAGUGUCAGUUUGUACGGUGAACAAGAAGGAAGAAAAAGAUGGUAUUGUGAAAGUUGAGGAGAAAUCACUUGGAACGGUGUCGUUUGAUUUACAAGAGGUACCAAAACGCGUACCACCUGAUAGUCCGUUAGCGCCUCAGUGGUACACUCUAGAAGGUUCGGAAGGUACGGGUGCUGAUGUGAUGGUCGCAGUUUGGGUUGGGACCCAAGCCGACGAGGCGUUUCAGGAGGCUUGGCAAUCGGAUUCGGGUGGGUUGAUUGCUGAGACCCGAGCCAAGGUUUAUUUGUCUCCAAAAUUGUGGUAUUUGCGUGUAACGGUUAUCCAAACCCAAGAUUUGCAAUUAGGUUCGGGAUCAUCCGAACCAAAAAGCCGAACUCCUGAUCUUUAUGUUAAGGCUCAGCUUGGUGGUCAGGUCUUUAAGACGGGUCGGAUGACGUUGGGGUCCACUAGUCCUACGUGGAAUGAGGACUUGGUGUUUGUGGCUGCGGAGCCGUUUGAUCCAUUUUUGGUGAUCACGGUUGACGAUGUUACAAGUGGACAAUCGGUCGGGUUUGCAAAGGUGCACGUGGCAAGCAUCGAACGGAGGACGGAUAAUCGGGUCCAACCUAAGUCAAGAUGGUUCAAUUUGGUUGGGGAGGAUGAGAAGAGUAAGCCAUAUGCUGGGAGAAUACACUUAAGAACUUGCAUUGAAGGAGGGUAUCACGUGCUUGAUGAGGCUGCUCACGUGACUAGUGAUGUCCGAGCCUCGGCUAAGCAACUAGCUAAACCUCCAAUUGGUUUGCUUGAGGUUGGCAUUCGAGGGGCUAACAACUUAUUGCCCGUCAAAACUAGAGAUGGUACUUGUGGUACCACGGAUGCUUAUGUUGUGGCCAAAUACGGGCCUAAAUGGGUUCGUACACGAACCAUACUUGACCGGUUUAACCCUCGAUGGAACGAGCAGUAUACGUGGGAUGUAUAUGACCCGUGUACUGUUGUAACCAUUGGGGUGUUUGACAAUGGGCGGUACAACAAAGAUGAAACAAAUAAACCCGGAAAAGAUAUUCGUAUUGGUAAGGUAAGGUUGCGUUUAUCGGCCCUUGAUGGAAACCGGGUUUACUUGAACACGUACCCGCUUACAGUGUUGCUUCCUGGUGGCGCACGACGGAUGGGUGAGAUUGAGAUAAGUCUAAGGUUUACUUGCUCAUCAUGGAUUAGUCUGCUUCAAGCAUAUUCAAAUCCAAUGUUGCCUAGAAUGCACUACGUAUGUCCAUUAGGCCGAGCCCAACAAGACAUCUUGCGCCACACAGCGAUGAGAAUCGUUACUGCUAGACUAGCUCGGUCCGAGCCACCUCUGGGCCUUGAAGUGGUCCAAUACAUGCUUGAUUCAGACACUCACAUUUGGAGCAUGAGGAGGAGCAAGGUGAAUUGGUUUAGAGUAGUCAGUGGGCUAUCUAAAGUAGCCACUUUGGCUCGGUGGCUUAAUGGGAUACGAACUUGGGCUCACACACCAACAACCAUCUUGGUCCACAUCGUACUCAUAGCUAUUGUAGUCUGCCCACACCUUGUGCUCCCAACAUUUUUCAUGUAUGCUUUCCUAAUCCUAGCUUUCCGUAUAAGGUACCGUGCCAAGGUCCUUCUUAGCAUGGACCCUCGGAUAUCUUGUGUAGAUGUAGUGUCCAACGACGAGCUUGAUGAGGAGUUCGAUGGGCUACCAACAACACGACCACACGAUAUAGUUCGGGUCAGGUACGACAGGCUAAGGGCCUUGGCAGGAAGAGCCCAAUCAUUUUUGGGGGACAUGGCAGCCCAAUGGGAAAGAGUGGAAGCGUUGUAUAAUUGGAGGGAUCCAAGAGCAACAGGGAUAUUUUUGGUAUUCUGCUUGAUCGCUUCGAUAGCAUUUUACGUGGUACCCUUUAAGGCUUUUGUGUUGGGUUCAACAUUCUAUUACUUGAGACAUCCCAAGUUUAGGGGUGACAUGCCAUCGGUUCCCGCCAACUUUUUCCGGCGUCUACCCUCGCUUUCCGAUCAAAUUCUAUGAGUUUGUACUGGGGGCAGGGGGGGUUAAAGGUUAUUUUGUUAAGGGGUGCACUUUCCUGGUGUGUGCAUUAGAUAAUGUUACUUCAUGAUUUUGUCAACUUAAUGAAGGAUCUACCACUUUUGUUUUUAUUCUCUUAAACAAGACUUGUGCAAAGUUUGUAAUUUACUUGUAUAUUUAUUUUGUAUUCUUUUGAUUUGGGACACUGAAAUGCGCAACUUUUAAAUUUUAAAUUAAAGAAAGUGGGCAAUCUAGGCAUUAAUGGGAAAAGAUGAGGAGAUUUAAUUUUGGCAGUUGAUUAAAUGUUACCGUUUGAAAUUCCAUUAAUCAUCUGUC